AUGAGCUUCCUGCACAUAUGUGUAAGCGUGUGUGGCCUCAUCGCUCUUGGACCUGGCCCUAUUGGGGCGAAAAGGAGGGAUAUUUGCGGGCGCCGGGCGGGCCGAUGCCCUAUGGCCCGGUUGCCGGAGCAAUCGUGGCUCAAGUUUGCGACGCUACCUCGACCCGCGUUUGCCCAGCAAGAAACGCCCUUUAUGGCACCCGGGAGCUGCGUCCACAGAGCGCGCCGAUUUCUGGACGCGGCAAUCUUGCCGAAGCUGAAUUGCCCGCGGCAGUUCGCUUGCGGUGUUGGAUUUUACCGCGUUUUUUUUUUUUUUUACAACGAGCGUGUGGCGGUGAAUGCCGCGCGUUACCCCACUCACCCACCUACACCCCACACCCUUUGCGCGCCUAUAGCUGGCGCCAUGGGGCCGGCAAAGGGGGCCCCACCUGCUUCGGCGACUUCGAACAGUUAUUUUACCCAUCUGCUUGUUUAUUACUUUCGUUUUCCCUCCCCUGGGGGGCGCGCGCGCGCGCCGCGGUAG